UUACAAAAAUAUUGGUUUUAUCCUUAUGGACUAUGAUCCCUUUACCUGUUCGGUGGAUAAUUAAUAAGCAAAAACAAUCAUGUUUUGAUUGUCGUUUUGUUUAUUUUAUUAUUAAUUAUUUUACGAUUUAUUUUAAUGAAAGAUGAGUGAGAAAUUAAGAGAACUACGCGAGAGAUCUCAAAAACGAAAAAAGCUUCUAGCACAGACAUUAGGUGUCUCGAGUGUGAGCGAAUUAAGACAUGCGUUGGGUUCAGCUCUAGACGUACCUGUUAAAAAACAAGCUGUGUCUGGAAGCGGAGGUGAAGGAGAUAAACCCACCAGUAAGGACCAACCGGAUGAACUUGUAUACACCGACUCCUCUACAUUUUUGAAGGGCACGCAGUCAUCAAAUCCUCACAAUGACUAUUGCCAGCACUUUGUUGACACAGGUCAGAGGCCACAAAACUAUAUCCGAGAUGUUGGUCUCGCUGACAGGUUUGAGGAAUAUCCGAAAUUACGUGAACUCAUUAAACUGAAAGAUGAUUUAAUUGCGGAAACUGCAACACCACCUAUGUAUUUGAAAUGUGAUCUCAAGACUUUUGAUCUAAAAGACAUGGCUAACAAAUUCGAUGUAAUUCUCGUGGAACCUCCUCUGGGCACUGGAUGGAGAUGGGAAGAUGUCUUAGCUCUUGAGCUCCAGCAGAUAGCACAGCCAAGAUCUUUUGUAUUCCUAUGGUGUGGAAGCUCUGAAGGUUUAGAUAUGGGCAGGGAAUGCCUAAAGAAGUGGGGCUUUCGUCGUUGCGAAGACAUCUGCUGGAUCAAAACGAACAUAAAGAAUCCGGGGCAUUCGAAAAACCUCGAGCACAACGCGGUCUUCCAGCGAACCAAGGAGCAUUGUCUGAUGGGCAUCAAAGGCACUGUCCGGAGGUCGGUCGACGGAGACUUCAUACACGCUAACGUGGAUAUCGACCUCAUCAUAUCUGAAGACCCGGAGUUCGGCAGUACAGAGAAGCCUAUUGAGAUAUUUCACAUCAUGGAACAUUUCUGUUUGGGUCGGAGAAGGGUACACCUGUUCGGCAAGGACUCCACGAUCCGUCCGGGCUGGGUGACGAUCGGCCACGAGCUCACCAACUCCAACUUCAACGCGGAGCUGUACUCGUCGUACUUCGCCGAGGGCCGCGAGAGCACCGGCUGCACCGACAGGAUCGAGGCCCUCAGGCCCAAGAGCCCCCCCAACACCAGCAAGGGCACCCGGGCCAGGGGCAGGGGCGGGUUUAGGGGCAGGGGGAGGGGCAGAGGGGCUAUCUAACUAAUCUAGAUUGUGAAUCGAUUAAAACCUAGAGGUUUCACUUGUAAUCUCGCAUGUAAAACUUCCUACUCACACAGACAUUAAGUAAUAGAAUGUUGAGAAAAACAAGGGGUUUUAAUAAUGUUUUAUAUACAAUACGAUCACUCCAUCAAUCGUUUAUAUAAAAUAUUGGUUGGUGUUCCGUCCCGUAACAGCUUCUUCUACAAUACAUAUACCUAUUUAUAUUAUUAUUAUUAUUUUAUUGUGAAUAAUUUCUUUUUUUUUCUGUGAGUACGUAAUACGAAACAAUUUGAUUUAUAUGCAUUAUUAAAUUCUUAUUUAUUUUGUACUGGAUCUGCGACAUAUUAUUGUGUGGAUCGGAAUGCAUCAUUUCCGUGGGAAAUGGUUCCUCGACACGACACUAGCGCCGCCACCUGCCCGUCUUUUAGACAAUCUGUGCUUUUAGCGCGGCAAAAAAACAAAAACAAAGCUUGUUACGCUAAGCUGCUUUCGCCGCGACGGCAUGCAUAUAAAUUUAAAAUAGUGUGUAAAGUUUCCCCUUUCAUAAAAAAAAAGAAUUGCUGAAAAUUAAGAAUGGCUGGACUGAUUCUGCAGGCAAUACUCAUCCUCGACCAGAACCCUCGGACGUGGUUGUGGGACGGUUUACGGUUAGUCGUCAGACCUAGGCCAUGUCCUAAUCAGAUAGUAUUUUAAAUCACUAAAUAUAGUUCAAUAAUUGUAACGUUUUUCACGUCAUAUGUGUCUGUAUUUAAUCUCUAAUGAGAGUUGUCCGAUGAAAUAUUAGGAAUGUUUAAUCUGUAAUGAGAGUUGUCCGGUGAAAUAUUGUGUUUAUUAUUGUGGCAACAUCUUACGUAUUGUUAGUCUGCCUUAUUUAUUGAUUCGAUAAAAAUAAAUCGCGGUUAAUGCUAUGUACCGGAGCACUGACGAACAACCUGAAGUUGACAUCUUGUUUUUUUUUGUGAAUUGAUGCGCAAGUGUAAUAUUGUUAUAAGAGCCUCUUCUACAGAUAUCGGAUUAAUAGAUAUCAGUUACUGGUCAUGUAGGUAUCUAAUUCACAAAUUUACCAACGAUUUCGUUAUGAGAAAAAAUGUGAGGUUACUUGGAUACCAUUUCAAGCAUGACAUUGUAAACAUUAAGUUAAAUUGGACUCUUGAAAAAUUCAGAGGGAAAUAAAAAAAUUAGAAUUUUAUAAAACUCAUCAUACCAUGAAUAUAAUAAUGAUUAAUGUAAGAUAUCAGGAAAUUCAAAUCUGACAAGUUCGGGUGCUGUAGCUACCUCUUUUUUGAUACACAAUAAUAUGUAAAAUCAAAUGUUCUUUAAAAGACAUUUAUUUCACAUUUUUAUCGUAUCUGACAUCCGUUUUAUAUUUCAAGACUUAGAAAUUUAAGAAAAUAUUCAUCUAAUGUAAACAUUUACGUAUUAUUUUAAAUAAUA